AUGACAUCGUCAGAAGAUGUGCUCCUUCAAGUGGGGCCAGUACGGCAUAAGAAAGGCGAUGGGACAUUGUAUGUGAUGAGCCAACAUGUUGCAUUUAUCCUCAAUUCUAGCGAUACUGUAGCUAUUAGCCACCAUUAUAGAGAUAUUAAAAUGCAAAAAAUAUCAUCAGAGUUCAAAAACAAAGUGCAAUUACAGUUGGUGUUUCACGACGAAACAAUUUCAUUAUUUCAAUUUACUAACUCUGAGAGGAGUGAAGCCAUGCGAGAUAGAAAUCGAGUUAAAGACUUAAUACAACAAUUACUGCCAAAAUAUCAAAAACAAGCAAACAAAGAAUUUGGUGAAAAAAGCCGCAUUCUUGGUGAAAAUCGUAUGCUUUUUCAAUUAUAUCAAGACCUAGUCAUUACCCACGUCAUAACAUCUGAAGAAUUUUGGUCGCAACAUGUCCCUUACCAUUUAGCUACUCAAUCCAAAGUAAUUACUCAAAAAACCGGUGUACCUAAUAAUUUUCUUACCAAUGUUACAGUCAAAAGUGAUGGUACAAAAAAAUUCAAUUUAUCUAAUGAUACCAUACAAUGUAUCUUUAAAACAUAUCCAGCAGUUCGGCAAAAACAUCUAGAAUAUGUACCACAUCAAUUGACAGAAUCAGAAUUUUGGCAAAAGUUCCUAGAGUCACAUUAUUUUCAUAAAGACCGUAUUACCACAGGAAGUGCAAAAGAUUUAUUUAACGACUGUGCCAAAUUGGACGAUAAUUUAUUCAAAAAUGAAAUUAAAGAUUUAUCUAAAAAUAAUACAGAUUGUUAUGUUGGGUCAAUCGAAGAUGAUGGAUCUGAUGAUAAUAUAAAUUCUAUAUCUGAAGAAAAAUCUUCCAUGGCAAAUAUUGUACAUGAAAAUAUAAUUAAAAGGUUUAAUCAACAUUCAAUGAUGGUUCUUAAAACCUGUGAAAAAUCUAAUUUAAAUUCUAUACCUAAUGGAAAUGAUUUAAAAGUGCCAUCUAAUUCAUCUCAUUUAAAUGGCACACCAGAUACCGCUUUGAAGAGGUUAAGAAUUCAAGAGAAAAAUGACUAUGAAGAUCUAAAUCCAGAAGCGGAAACUUUGGAUAUUAAUCAUAAGAAAUUGAAAUUAUCUAGAGUAGAAAGUUAUGUUAAUUGUUUAACAAGAGAACAUAAGCAUGAUAAUACUACCUCCAAACUUUCUAAAGCAAGGGAAGUGCAAAAGAGUAUUAUUUAUGAUGUUUAUGAAUGGAGCAAGACAACUUCAAAUCAAGUUAUUGAACCUAGUGCAGCUGUUAAUACUCUCGGUUUACUUACACCAGGUGGAAGUUUAAUGAAAGGAAUCAGUGAUGAAUCUGCUUCAUUAGCGCAGUUGGUACCAGUUACAGUUGAAAAAGAUUUGCGACAGUUAUAUAUAUCUUUAGGAGAACUAUUAAGACAUUUUUGGUCAUGUUUUCCUGUAACAACUCCUGCGUUAGAAGAGAAGCUAAUGAAAACUCAUGAUUCCUUACAAAAAUUUCAAAACGCCAAAAUCAAGCCUUUUGAAGACCAAAUAAUUAUUAACCAUGGUCAGUUAAAUCAGCUCACAAAUCAUUUAAAUUUAAUGUUACAUACUGCCUACAAUAAAUUUUCUGUUUGGCAUUCUAGACGAAAAAUACCUAAUAUUCUUUGA